AUGACUGAAGAAAUUGAACCUCAUAUUGCUAGAAAAUUCGAAAUCAUUCAAAAAUUAGGGAAAGGGGCCUAUGGAAUAGUUUGGAAGGCUGUGGAUAAGAAGCUAAAGACAGUAAGAGUUGCUAUUUAAGGUUUAGGUCGUGGCUUUAAAAAAAGUAUUUGAUGCUUUCCAUAAUGCUACGGAUGCUCAAAGAACAUUUAGAGAAAUAAUGUUUUUGUAGGAGUUAAAUGGACACGAAAACAUAGUGAGAUUGUUGAAUAUCAUAAAAGCAGAAAACAAUAAGGACAUUUAUUUGGUGUUUGAUUAUAUGGAAACAGAUUUGCAUGCUGUGAUUGUAAUUAUAUUUAUAAAAUAGAAUAGAGAGCAGGCAUACUUGAAGAAGUUCAUAAAAAAUACGUUGUUUAUUAAAUUUUGAAGGCACUAAAAUACAUACAUUCAGGAGAACUAAUUCAUAGAGACCUGAAGCCUUCAAACAUUUUACUAAAUUCUGAAUGUCACAUGAAAUUAGCAGAUUUUGGUUUGGCUAGAAGCAUAGCAAUCACAGAAGAUGACAGUAGUACGAUGAAUUUUAAAUUUAACGUUUAGCUCCUCCUGUUUUGACAGAAUAUGUGGCUACUAGAUGGUACAGAGCUCCUGAAAUACUUCUAGGAUCCACAAAUUACACCAAGGCUGUGGACAUGUGGAGUGUUGGUUGUAUUUUGGGUGAGUUGAUCAUAGGUAAGGCAAUCUUUCCAGGAACAUCUACUUUAAAUUAAAUUGAGAGAAUUAUCGAAUUAUUAGGUAAACCAAAUGAUGCAGACAUUGAAUCACUUGAAUCUCCCUUAGCUGUUAAUAUUUUAGCUUCAGUGUCAAUUCAAAAAAGAAGAUCCUUCUAAUAAUUUUUCUCAGGAGCUCAAGAAGAUUGCUUAGACUUGUUAAGAAGGUUUCAAUAUCAUUCUUAAUUAUCAUUUAGGCUAUUACAAUUCAAUCCAAAGUAGAGACUUACUGUGCAUUAGGCCAUAAAACAUAAAUACUUGAAAGAAUUCUCUUCGCCUGAUGAGGAAAUUGAAUGUUCUGAGCCUAUUAGAAUACCCAUGAAUGACAAUAAGAAGUUCUCUAUUAAGGAAUACAGAGAAGCUCUGUAUAACGAUAUAAACAGAAGAAAGAAGGAGCAAAGAAAAAAGUGGUAGGCAAAAUACUUACAAUAACUAGGAAUGAAUCCAGAUGAACUUAUUAAUGGGUACUUAGUUAUAAAUUUAUUGUAAGGCUUCAAUAGGAGCAAUCGGAAAUGAUUCCUUAAGCAAAGUCAUAAGGCUAUGAGAAUGUUAAUGGAAGCUCUAUUUAGCAUUAGACUUAGCAAUAAUAAUAACUGUAGAAAUCUAAUAUUGAGGAGAUACAAAAUAUAAUUAAGUAACAAUAAAUCUAAUCACAAUAAUUGAAGAAAUCAUAAAGUUAAGUUGGAAUUCAAUAACAAUAGAAAUUGACUAGUUAAAAAAGCGCAAGCAAUUUUGUUUCUUAGAUGUAUAAUACAUUUUAAUAAUAAACACAAAAUAUAGAUAAUAAGUUUUAUCAAUAGUAAUAGUUCUUGUAAUAACAACUUCAAUAAUUACAGCAGAAAGCAUAAUAGAAGAAAAAGACUUGA